GGUCAUCUCUGCUUCGCUGCUACACUUAUAAUUAGUAUCAACUAUGGUAAACUACUCUGCAUACCUGGUAAUUUUCAUCGUUGUUAUCGUGCUUAUAAUACUGUCGUCCUGGGGUCGGAUGUACGUGAAAAAACGCGCAGCGCAACAGCACUUUCAACAAAACAGCACAAUCCAAAUCUUCCAGCCGCUGCCUCAAGAAAACAUUACACUGCCCCCGCCUGUAACUGCCCACCGCCGCCGGUCAAGUGUGGACAGCCAGCUUCCUGUUUACACGCCAGCCAACUACAACAAGCCGCCGUCAUACGAGGCAGCCAUUGCGUCGCCGCCUUCGGCCCGUGCGGCAUAGACGCUCAGGCGUUUUCUGUAAAUACAAACUUUGCUUAAUAGAUUGCAAAUACCGCCGAUUAGAUUACACAGUGUCAUGCGCUAGAUGGCUAUUGCAUGACUUGCCCGAAACGACAUUGUCGCCUGGACAUUAGCGCAGCCUUCAUGCAUGUUUCAGGAGUAAUGGGCUAGGUGAAUACAUAAUUAGCCAUACCCGGCCACAAAAUACUGACCAAAUGCCACUCUAAAAACACCUGUCUUCUUCC